GGUUGGACCGUCCCUGGACUGAUGUGGCUCCCACCUGCUCGGCUCCGCUCACAAACUGUGGUUGCUGAACCUCUAUUUUGAGGUGUUUCACGAUGCCAGUGGGGGAAAUGCUCAAAGCAGAGAACACCAGGAUGAGCUCCUCCAAGGUGAACCUGUCCUAGUCUGGGCCUCUGGUCUUCUGUGCCUCAGCUGUGUGAGUGUUAGCAGUCACCAUGCCGGGAGCCGGGAGCCCCUCGGAAGUCCCUUCAGCUGAAGCCUUUGAUGGCACAGCAGUGGGUUCGGACCUCUGACCUGAGCGACAUGGCGGGAUCCUCAUCUCAAGUGUCACAGCGUCCUCACAAGGGUCUCUGAUCAGAGCCCAGGUGGGUUUGAUCUCUGAAGCGGGCCGCCACGUGUGAUUGGGUUUCAGCUGUGUCGGGGUCACCAGACUCCUCCCCAGAGCUUCGGACACCCGCCCAUGAGAGACAUCCAUCCUCCUCGGAAAUGAAGUCCUCACUGGCCGCGGCGGGACACUUUGAUGUGACGGUCCGAUUGUUGCUCCGCUGAGCUGGAACCCCCCACGUGACCCUCCCCAGACCCUGGCGCUUUGAAGGGCCGUAUUGUCGUGGCGGAGGUGAAAUGCUUCUUUAUUCUGUUGAAGAUGAAGGACAGAGCCCCACGAGCCUGGACACAAAGGCCGUCUGUGAGAAGUGGAGGAGAGUCGUGAAACGCUCUCUGGAGGAGCAGCCAGGCAUUUCAGGGAGAGAAGCGACGCAGCGCGCCUUUAAACCAUGAUCUGUGUGUGUGUGUGUCUGAGCCGCCUCCCAAACCAAAGCGGGACCCUGAAGUGUGACAGACACACGGGGAGAAUGUCAGAGACACCAGUCACGUGAUUGGCCCAGAGGAUCUGUCGGGGAAGUCUGGAGGGCGUGGAGUCUCCCCGGCCCGCAUCAGUGGAGAGUCCAGACUCGGAGGGGCAGCAUGAGUGCUUCUGUGGCCGUCUACCGGAACAUCUACACCGAGGAUCGCUUCAAGCAGACCUACGGUGCCGCUGAUGACGGCGCCGGGGAAAGGCUGCGGCUGCGGGACAGAGUGGCCGGGAGGUGCAGGUGCUCACGGAGAGCCUGGCUUCACUCGUUGAGGGACAGAAUGCCCAUCUUGGACUGGAUGCCGAGGUACAGACUAAGGAAGUGGAUUUUAGGAGACACAGUCGCGGGAGUGACGGUCGGGAUUCUGCACAUUCCUCAAGGUAUGGCCUUCGCUCUGCUCACGUCUGUCGCUCCCAUCUUCGGCCUCUACACCUCCUUCUUCCCCGUCCUGCUCUACAUGCUCUUCGGCACCGGGCGUCACGUGUCCACAGGGACCUUUGCAGUGCUCAGCCUGAUGACGGGCUCGGUGGUGGAGCGGGUGGUUCCCAUGCCAGCGGAAAUGAACGCCAGUUCUCCUGAAGCCGCUGAACUGGAGGGCCAACGGAUCGGCGUGGCCUCGGCAGUUGCUCUGCUCUCAGGGAUCGUCAUGCUCUGCAUGUUCGGCCUCCAGCUGGGCUUCCUCUCCACUUACUUGUCAGAACCCAUCGUCAAGGCUUUCACCAGCGCUGCCGCCUUCCACGUCACCAUCUCUCAGCUCCAGAGCAUGCUGGGAUUGCGACUCCCUCGCCACACCGGCGCCUUCUCGCUCUUCAAGACUCUGGCGUCCGUGAUGGAGAAUCUGUCUCACGCUAACAUGGCUGAGCUGAUGAUUUCCUCGGUGUGUCUGGCGCUUCUGGUGCCAGUGAAGGAGGUCAACACGCGCUAUCGGCGCCGGCUACGAACCCCGAUCCCAGUUGAGAUCCUCACGGUGAUCAUCGCCACCGGCGUCACGUACGCCUCCUCGCUGGACUCCUGCUACGACGUCGCCAUCGUGGGACACAUCCCGGCUGGGUUUCCGACGCCUCGCCUUCCCGCCCUGAGUGUGGUCCCUGACAUCGCUGGAGACACGGUCGCCAUCACGUUUGUGGGUUACGCCGUUUCCGUCUCUCUGGCCAUGAUCUACGCCGACAAGCACGGUUACUCCAUCCAUCCCAACCAGGAGCUACUGGCUCAUGGCAUCUCCAACACCGUGUCGUCCUUCUUCACCUGCUUCCCGAGCUCGGCGACGCUGGCGACCACCAACAUCCUGGAGAGCGCCGGCGGGCACACGCAGUUGUCUGGCUUGUUCACCAGUCUGGUGGUUCUGGUCGUCUUGCUGCUGAUCGGACCACUGUUCUACUUCCUUCCUAAGGCCGUCCUGGCGUGCAUCAACGUCACCAGCCUGCGUCAGAUGUUCCUGCAGUUCCAGGACCUGCCGGAUCUCUGGAGGAUCAGCAGGAUGGACUUUAUGGUCUGGGCGGUCACCUGGCUGUCGGUGGUGGUCCUCAACGUGGAUCUGGGCCUGGCCAUAGGAGUGGUCUUCUCCAUGAUGACAGUGGUCUGCAGAACUCAGAGGGCCGGGUGUUCGGUUUUGGGCCGUGCCAGCAACACUGAGAUCUACAGACCAGUGGAGAAGCACAGCAAGUGCUACGAGGUUCCCGGGGUGAAGAUCCUCAUGUACCACGGCCCCAUCUACUAUGGCAACCGCGGAUUCUUCAGGGAGGAGAUGAGCCGCGUGCUUGGUCUGACGCCGGAGAAGAUCUGCAGACGGGAGAAGACCCGCAGAGCCCUGCAGAAGCGGGAGCGAGAGUCAGCUGUCACCACAGUGGAGCGCGGCCUCGCCGACACGGCCCUCUCCUCAGGCCACCAGUUCUACAAGUCAGAACCGUCCGAGAGUGACGUCCCUAUCGUGGUGAUGGACUGCAGCAGCGUGAUCUUUGUGGACGUGGCUGGAGCGCGACUCUUCAUCCAGAUGUGCACCGAGUGUCAGAAAGUCGGCGUCCACGUCUACCUGGCCAACUGCAACGAGAGCGUCCUGAAGAUCCUCACGUCCAGCGGCCUGAUGCGCUGCAUGAAGCCUCAGCACAUCUUCGUCACGGUCCAUGACGCCGUCGUGUUCAUCCAGCAGCAGAAGGAGAAGCUUCCGGAACAAACCGCUGUCUGGGUCUGAUGCUGCCGCAGUGCCCAUGAGCCAGCUGACACAACACUGGCUUCACUUCUGGCUUUGUAAAUAUGUGGUUCUCUUCAGCCCUGGUGCCUCCUCACACUUUGGUGUGAUGAUUAUUGUUAUUUAAACCAGUGUUUUCCAACCUCUCUCUGGCCACGGCGCCUUGGUUGACAGCACCACAGGAGCCUGGGCCAAAGCUCACUGGUGCUUCAAGUCCUGUAGAAACUCCCUGUUGACUGGUGAAACACUGCAGCUACUGACACUGGCUUGUUCUGUUGCCAGGCUGUUUGCACAAACACAUGGCAGAAGAUGUCUUUGUUUCCCAUGUGUCCAGAAAGAGGCGGCAAUAUGGCUCAAUAGAUCAUGCUUCAUUGAUGUGUUGACUGACUUGAAAUCACUGUUUGGAUGGGAUCACUUCUCUUUUGCAUGAUGUGACUGUAGUUUCCAGACAAAUCCUUGGCUUCUCUGCCUGAACUUGCUUCAUAACAACAGUGAUUCUUCCUCUCUUCUCAUGGAGAGAAAGAAUCAUCUCCUCAACACCUUCUCACUGUCAUGACUUCAUGGCGUCAUAUCGCCGCCUCUGUCUCCGGACACAUGAGGUGACGCCCCACACCUGACUCUCUCUCACCAGUUGGAAAACACUGGUUUAAACA